UUUUUGACUUUAACUGAUCAACGUGCUGGAUCCUUCUCAUCAACCGACUCGGGGGGAUCGGAGAUCCUGACACUAUUCUGACAUCUAUUCAAGUUGGUUCCUACCGGCAAAAUUACAUUUAAAUAAGAAGAAGAAGAAGAAGAAGAAGAAGAAGAAGACGGCUGAUCUGCAACCGUAAGAGCAAGCGGGACCUUAAUGAGACAGGUGUUUCCAGUCGGAACGUUAUAGUGUGACACCCAGCCGUUGCUCGGUGUUGUGGCAGUGCAGGUAAUUAUUUCAUCGGUAAACAAGCAACAAUGUCUUCAGUCCACGGUUUGAGAGAGUUUGUCAACGAGCGACUAUCUGCUGCUGCUGAAGAAAUAUUUGGAGCUUUUAAAAGAACCAUCGUCGAGUACCAGGAAGAGAUCGACCGGCAGCGCGGACUGUUGGAUGUUAUUUGGAAACCCGAAGUGAGGUUACACCGGAUUGAGCUCCCGCAGUCACGUGUCUGUAAGGAGGAGGAGGUUCUCUGUGACCAGCAGCUCUGUCUCCAGGAGAGGAACCCCAGUCUGGACCAAGAGGACCCAGAUCCUCCACAGAUUAAAGAGGAACAGGAGGAACUGUGCAGCAGUCAGGAGGGAGAGCAGCUUGAACCGAAGCAGGAGGCCGACACCUUUACGUUGACUCCCACUAGUGAGGAAACGGAUCACAGUGAUGAUGAGACUCCGUUUUGGAAUCCUGACAGAAGUCAGAGUGAAUCAGAGACAGAGCCUCCAGCUAGCACGUGUACCACCUGGUUAGAUGAGGAAAUAGACUGUGAACGUUUUGUGGUACCAGAACCAAACAACACUCAAGAAUCUCAUAGUCAAGAUCAGAAAGGAGUAAAACAAAGUUUAACAUCAGACAAGGAGCCACAACAGCAGAUUCUGGCUCCUCCAGGUGACAAGACAUUUUUGUGUGAAACAUGUGGAAAUUAUUUCCAACAUAAAAAAACCUUGUUGGCCCACGUGAGGAAAGUCCACAGAGUGGAUCAACCAUAUGUAUGCACCUGUGGGAAAAGAUUCAUUCAUGAUUCAGUAUUCCAGAUCCAUAAAAGAGUCCAUAGUGAUGAGAAACCAUUCUCUUGCAAAACAUGUGGAAAAGAUUUUAAAUUUAGUAGUGGCUUGAAAGGCCACAUGCUAAUCCACACUGGGGAAAGGCCGUUUUCUUGCAACACCUGUGGGAAAACAUUCACUCUGAAAUCACAUUUGAAGUUUCAUACAAGAAUUCAUAGUGGGGAGAAGCCAUAUUCUUGCACCACCUGUGGGAAAACAUUCCCUCGGAGAGAUUUAUUGAAGUUUCAUACAAGAAUUCACACUGGGGAAAGGCCAUAUUCUUGCAUUACUUGUGGGAAAACGUUCACUCAGACAUCACAUUUGAAGUCUCAUAUAAGAAUUCAUAGUGGGGAGAAGCCAUAUUCUUGCACCACUUGUGGGAAAACAUUCACUUUGAAAUCACGAUUGAAGUAUCAUACAAGAAAUCAUACUGGGGAAAGGCCAUAUUCUUGCAUCACCUGUGGGAAAACCUUCUCACGAACAUCAAAUUUAAAGUCUCAUAUAAGAAUCCAUACUGGCGAGAAGCCAUAUUCCUGUAAAAUAUGUAAAAGCGGUUUCAGAAGUUCUAGUAACUUAAAUGUGCACAUGAGAAGAAGCCACAAGGAUGAAACGUUAUAGAUGCAACUCCUGUGAGUUUAAUUCUGAGCAAUAUCCAAGAUUAGAAAGGCGUUGAAGCGUUCUAUUAGGGCGGUCAAAAGUCAUGCUUAGUAACUCCUCUUCUGACAGGCGUAACCAUCUAGCCGAAUCCUGACUGGAAAAACGUUCACUCAUCAAUUAAACUUAAAAUCACCGAUCAAAUUUUUUUUUCAUUCCCCCUUCAACUAAGAUCUCAAAAAAAAACCUUGCUAUGAUACUCAGACCUGGAAAAAGUCAUGCAUACACUAAUUCUCUCCCAACUAGACUACUGCAACUCCCUCCUAUUCGGCAUGAACCAAAAAUCUAUUUCCCUUCUCCAACUAAUCCAGAAUGCAGCAGCCAGGCUUCUGACUGGUUGUAUCAGACGGCAUUGCAUUACUCCAGUCCUGGUCUCUCUCCACUGGCUUCUUGUUAGUUUUAAAAUUGACUUUAAGAUUUAAUUGAUCACCGAUAAAGCACGUCUGGGUCUGGGCCCGAGCUACAUUGUUGAAAUGUUAGCCCCACAUGAGCCAGCUCGCAGCCGCCUUAGAUCCUCCAGCUUGGCCGAUCCAAAAGCGAGGCUUAAAUCAAACGGUGACCGUGCUUUUGCCAUUAGAGAUGGCCUUUUUAUAAAGUUUUAUGGUUCUGUUAAUUUAGUUUGUCUGACGUCUAUAUAUGUGUGUGUAUAUAUCUAUAUAGAUAUAAACAUAUGUAUGUAUUCUUUUUGGUCUUCUGUGCUUGUUGCUGUUGUGUUCAUUUUCAAUAUGGCAUGAUCCCUUUUGCCUUCUGUAUUUUCUGAAAUGUUUACCUGUAUUGACGUUAUGUAUAACUAUGUCUACUUCUCUGUAAACACAGUUUUUUAAAGGUGCUAUAUAAAUAAAGUUAUUAUUAUUAAAUGAAUAAACCUAACCCAAACCCUAAAAAAAACUAUUGUCAAUCUUAAAAAAUCUCUUGCAAAUGAAGUUGAUUGAUUCCCUAAACUGA